CCCCCCCCCCCCCUUCUCCGGGAGUGGACGUUCAAAAAUGUGCUGAUGAGUGGGACUUUAAACAUGUGACGUCAUCACCGUAUCACAGCCAUAGCAAUGUAAAAGCAGAAUCAGUGUGAAAAUUGCCAAAACACUCCUAAAAAAGGCUGCAAUGAGUGGUGAAGACCCAUGGAAGGCAGAUUUGGGGUGGCGGAAUACUCCAACUAAAGGACUUAACAAUUCUUUGGUACAGCGGUACAUGUCCAGACACGCACGCAUGAUCCUACCCACCAUGGAGAAACUGCUCGAACCCCAAGUGGUACAAAAUGUUAUUCCAAGACAACAAGCCAAAGGGCUGAUAGCAAAACACCACUAAACCACACAUGCCUGUGACAUGUCCAACGUCAUCCAAAGACAAACAGUAAGGGUUCUUUUCCACCCCAACAACUGAGCCAGCACUUGGAUGCUGGGCAUAUGCACUGACCAUCUCAGUGACCGGUCAUAUGAAGUACUAGUGAAUGGUACAAAAUACAGCAGAAACAGAAAGGAUAUUCGUCCAGUGACUGAACAGCUCAGGAUCCACCCGAACGACCACCAAACAAACGUGGAUGAGGAUGACUGGGUAUCAUGGAAUAAAUCUGCCUACCAAGCAGGUGGCGAAUCGCAUCUCUGCAUGUCUGGCAGACAUAUCACUGUGGAUGACGGAUCACCACCUCAAGCUGAACCUCGGCAAGACGGAGCUGCUCUUCCUCCCGGGGAAGGACUGCCCGUUCCAUGAUCUCGCCAUCACGGUCGACAACUCCAUUGUGUCCUCCUCCCAGAGCGCUAAGAACCUUGGCGUGAUCCUGGACAACACCCUGUCGUUCUCAACUAACAUCAAGGCGGUGGCCCGUUCCUGUAGGUUCAUGCUCUACAACAUCCGCAGAGUACGACCCUGCCUCACACAGGAAGCGGCGCAGGUCCUAAUCCAGGCACUUGUCAUCUCCCGUCUGGAUUACUGCAACUCGCUGUUGGCUGGGCUCCCUGCCUGUGCCAUCAAACCCCUACAACUCAUCCAGAACGCCGCAGCCCGUCUGGUGUUCAACCUUCCCAAGUUCUCUCACGUCACCCCGCUCCUCCGCUCUCUCCACUGGCUUCCAGUUGAAGCUCGCAUCCGCUACAAGACCAUGGUGCUUGCCUACGGAGCUGUGAGGGGAACGGCACCUCAGUACCUUCAGGCUCUGAUCAGGCCCUACACCCAAACAAGGGCACUGCGUUCAUCCACCUCUGGCCUGCUCGCCUCCCUACCACUGAGGAAGUACAGUUCCCGCUCAGCCCAGUCAAAACUGUUCGCUGCUCUGGCACCCCAAUGGUGGAACAAACUCCCUCACGACGCCAGGACAGCGGAGUCAAUCACCACCUUCCGGAGACACCUGAAACCCCACCUCUUCAAGGAAUACCUAGGAUAGGAUAAAGCAAUCCUUCUGCCCCCCCCCCCCCCCUUAAAAGAUUUAGAUGCACUAUUGUAAAGUGGCUGUUCCACUGGAUGUCAUUAGGUGAAUGCACCAAUUUGUAAGUCGCUCUGGAUAAGAGCGUCUGCUAAAUGACUUAAAUGUAAUGUAAAUGAUAACCUUCUUCAACGAAUGACAGAAAAAAUUGAGUUAAUGAUUAUAACAGAUCGUCAGCUCAUGAACGGGAGAUAAAGAGUGGAAAUAGUUUAAACAUAAUGGUAUCUUCACAGGGACCAACUCUGUUAAAAAAUAUCCCAUAUCUACUCUCCAUUUCAUUUCAUUUUCAUUGGUUCCUUCCCCAGGCGUUAUUGUUUCUGUUCCAGUGUUAAGUCUGUGCAUUGUUGGUGUCUCUUGUUUUAUGUUGCGUUUAUUUACUAAAACACUCACUCCCUGAACUUGAUUCCCGACUCUCAGCGCACAUCGUUACAGCCGUAGCCAUGGAUAUACAGUACUACUGGUUGAUCUCAAUGAUGCUGUAAUGCAGCACUAUCAUACUGCAAGAUAAAAGUUGAGAUUCAAGUUUUUAUGAAUAACUUUCCCACACAUCUGUGCACAUACAUAUCACAGCUGUUUGGGUGUUUCAAAGUGUAUAAAUAAUAAGACAGCUUUGUGCUUGUCUUUACAGGAUAUCAGACUCAAGAAAAGGGAUUUGCAUCUAAUUACUUUAUUAAUGAGUCAACAUUUCAAACAUAUAGUUCCUGAGUACCUUCUAGAAUACCUUGAAUAACCAGCUCAAUAGUACAACAAAAUAAACUGAAGAGAAACUUAGAUUAUCAUUGUGCAGAUUGGAGCAGUGAAAUAAUUGUUUCUUCAGUAUUCUUUUUCACAAAAAUAAAGACAGAAAGAAAGAAAGAAAGAGCUGUGAAUACAUGUUUUGACGCCUACUAGGACGUUCCCAAAGUACAAGUCGCUAAAUAGACAGCCUCAGGCUGUAGGCAAGGAGUGAGAGGAGUUGUAGAAGGAGUGAUAAAGGAAAGCAAGUGUAGGUUGUAUUAGAAAGAGAGCGAGCGAGAGAGAGAGAGAGAGCUACGCUGACCUUGUAGCCACAAUGAGAAUAAGUGGUUAGCCAUGUGUAGCAGUGUGAUGUUGUCUCCUAGAUUAUGCACCAAGUUGCACACAAGGACCAAUUCAAAUAGGCCAGGUCAAGAGGGGAUGUUAAUAAUUUGAUAAUAAUAAUAACAAUAAUUCAGUGUAUUUUUUUAAUUUAAUUACAGCUGCAUAGCUAAUGUUUUUCUUUGGUGUGCAAACACUUUUUCAUAUCAAUAUUGUACAUACAUGUGAUUGUAAAAGUUUUGUAUAUUUUGGUUUGGCCCAUCGCAGGUUAUCUGUAUUUCCGUACCCCCUUAUCGUUCUCUUUUGCCUGAUCUUCGGCUAGCAAGGUAUGUUGUCCUUGGCUCCGAAAUUGUUUAAUAUAAAACUGUCAUAAUGUUACACAAUGUACUGUUAUGCUGCCCCUAAGUUUGUUACAAUGUGGAUAGUAUAAAGAUUUGUCAACAAGUUUCACAAAGCUCGCUAACAAAGCUCGUAUCUAUUGUAACUUGUGAGUACUUGGGACAGUGUUUGAGUGAGUGUCCAUGUGCUUGCGCAGGUGCCUGAGAGCUAGGACUGCGCCAAGGGUUAACAUAAUGUGUGUUGUCUCUUCGUGUGCAGGUAUGUCUUUUAUUUUGUCCGGAUUAUGUUCUGUAUCAUUUUACUUGUAUUGUAUUGUAUGGUGUGCUGUUGUGCGUUAAAUGUGGGCACGCAGCACAUGUUAUUUCCUUUUGAUGCUCUCUUUUGCCUGACCUUUGGCAUAGCAAGGUGCCUGAGAGCUAUGACUGCGCCAAGGGUUAACAUAAUGUGUGUUGUCUCUUCGUGUGCAGGGCAAAUAAAAAUUAUUCAAC